UCGUACCACACUGUUGUUUACUGCCUGUGUGUCUUGUGAACUGUGAAGAUCAAGAAGUAAAUAAUAACAUCAACAACAUGAUUUCAGUGAAGAUGUCAAUGAUGAUGAUAAUGAUAGUGGGAGCUAUGUUCCUGUAUCCCAGCGCAAGUGCCCAAAACAAUUAUGGUUCAACUUGCUUCCUGCCCCCACAGACAGGCAUGUGUCGGGCUCGCUUCAUCAAUUGGUAUUAUGAUCACCAAAGUGGUACCUGCCGCACAUUCACAUACGGAGGGUGUGGUGGCAACGGAAAUAAUUUCAUGAACUUCAAUGAGUGUAUGGCAGCCUGUCACCAGAACCCAAGCCAUAACGAAAUCACGUAUUAAUUGUCUCCAAGUGAAGGUCUACUAUGGCAGCAGCACCUAGGAGGACACUCUAGGAGGACACUAGCUAUUGAUCUGACAACACACCUGCUGACUCACACCUGCUGACACACACCUGCUGACUCUGGACAAGCUUUUCAACGUUGUCACUAUAUCUGUCAGUGCAGUGGUCAGACAACUGUCAUAGCAACACCACCACCAAGCCUGUUUAAAACACCUGAAAAAAAAAACACUAUCCCACACUUAUCUGUUGCAACACCCACGCCAUUGAUUAUAAUGACUCAGAACUCCAGAAUAAAUCUAUGUAAUCACUUUAUAUCUCAUUGUUUCAAGCACCAUUAUACAACACUGUUAUAGAUGAUGACUCAUAUGUAGUAAAAGUAAAUAUAUUAAUUAUAUCAUCAUAACUGAACCACAAACAGUAUGGCAGAUGCUAAUGCACCUACCAUAGUUACUAGAUGUACUACAGUAUAUAGAAUUAGUUAAAUACUGCAAUUGGAUUACAACUAAUUAGUCAACAAAUCAGAAAACAGUUUAUGACAAUCAUUAUUAUUAUUUAUUUGUUAAAGGAAAAUAUAUUUUAUUAUUAUCAGUUUAUGUAAUAACUUAUAACCUAGAACUGUAUGACCUUAAAAAAAGUAAAGGACUAGAGAUAAUGGUCUGUAUUAUCUGUUCUUCUUAUAGAUAACAGAGAUAAAAAAACAAAAUAGUUA